CCACGACUUGAACAUACCAUGAAGCUGUCACGGACUUCUUGGAAAUCCUGGAAGACCCUGAAAUCUCUUUCUGCACUUGUGCACAAGCAGUUCCAGCCUUGUGCUGCAGUUGAUAUCGUGCAUUAAAUAAUUCCCACAGCUAGCAGGGCAGAGAAACAUCGUACACAGUUUAUUCAAGGUGGUGCAGAACAGAACAGCUGCCCAGGUUCUGCCAGGAUGCAGUAAUGCAAGCACAGCCAGCACACAGAAGGAAAGAGAGAGAAGCGCGAACCGUAAAGAACUGCUGCCUCAGAGCUGCUGUUGCCAUAGAGCUUCUAAUGAGGAAAAAAACUGCAGCAAGGAUUUCUGCUGCUGCUGAAGCUGAUUUGCGAGAUCAAGAUGAAGCAGAAAUAUGAAAAAACAUAGAAGGGAUUUGCGUUUGAAAAGAAGUCAGUUGCUGGCCCUGUCUGGAAGAUGGACCGCUGGAUUUGGGGAGCUUGGGAAAUGCUGCUUCCAAAAGCAGUUCUUCCUAGCUAAGAGGAAAAGACAGCGCUCAGCUCUGCGAGCUUAAAUCCCAACAAACUGUUCAGAAGUCUGCAGUGCAGGAGGGCACUUGAGCUCCAGAGCAGGUGGGCUCCUGAUGUGCAGCUAAAUGCAGAAACUUAUCAAAAACCUACUGUUGAACCGUAGAGCUUUCCUUACAAAAAUACGGAGGGCAAAAAGUUCCUGUCCCAGUCUCGACGCUGAAAGCCCAUCUGGAGAAGCAGUAAGAAAACUCAACAAUGAAUCCUUUCAGAGUGAAGAUCCCUUGGACAAAGAAUUAGAAACUGGCGCUCCUCUUAAUAGCAUCUCUGGCAACGGUCACCGUGUCUCAUGUGGUACACAGCAUGGUGCUGCGUUACCUGUAAAGAAAGGUGGUUUUGUAUAUGGUGGGAAGGAGAGCAAUAAUGGUGUGGGCAACGCAGUCCUGGUAGUUUUAAACAACUAUAAAAGGAAAUGCUGUUGCAAAAGGAGUGGAAUGGAACUUGUGGCCCCUUGACAACUGUAAAGAGGUCCAAAUUUAGCCAUAAUAAUGUAAAAAAGAGAUCUUUAUUUAUGAUGCAUAAGAAACUUUCUAUGGUUAAGUUUCGGUAUAGAAUUAUAAAAUCCUCAGAACUUCGAGCAAGAGGCAAAACCUGCAAAUUCAGAAAAAUCAAGCCAAGGUGGGUGCAGAAAGUGACGAGGGACCAUCGAGAGACGCUCCGGCGGGAUUUGGAAAGUGGAUUGUGUAGUUGGUUUUCCUGCUGGAAAUCUGAAAGUAACUGUCUUUGGAAUCAGUACAGCUUAUCAGAUAUGAACAAUAACACACCCAAGUCUUCGGGUGAGGAGAACGAAGUGCCCGCAUCUGAGGGUGACCGUGUGCAGGAUGCGGUGCUGCGUGCUGAGCUGCUUUCCGAGGAGCCAGGAGCUGGGGGGCAGGAAGGCAGCGCUGGCACCAUCCCACCAGAACUGAGAGCUGGAGCUUCUCUGCAGGCAGAGGCUGGGCAUGAGGUGGAGAUCGGCGAGGCUCCGGCAGAGGAUUGCGGCUCUGAUGUUCUGAUCUGUAUGAUAGCAAAAGAUACUGGGGUUUCGGGUCAAGAUGAUGCAGAACCGUAUGAGGUUAUGGGUGUGGAUGGAAUGGUACUGUUACAAUCCUCCUUGCAGGGUUCUGAUGUCAGUGAUGAUUUUGCAAAUGGACCUUUAUCCAUGGAGCUGGCACAAAAUGAGGACAGCUCUAACCAAAUGGAGGUGGAGGGCUCCUUGAACCUGGACAUUUUUAGUGCAAAGCUACUCGAUCACCCUUACUGUAAGAGUCCUCUUGAGGAGCCUUCACCAGAAAGCACAGAACUGAAAUCAGGAACUCGGAAGGGAGGCAAAAAGAAUGGUCAGAAAGCUUCCCGGGUGGCUGACGAGCAGUUGGCAGCGUGGCUUUGUGGAUUCCUAGAUGAAGUUAUGAAGAAAUAUGGCAGUUUAGUUCCACUCUGUGAAAAAGAUGUCAUGGGAAGAUUAAAAGAAGUCUUUAAUGAAGAUUUCUCCCAUAGAAAACCUUUUAUCACCAGGGAAAUCAUGAAGUAUCGGGAAAAACAUCCAAAAACCUCCACUUGCAAUUUCCGAGUCUUCUAUAAUAAGCACAUGCUAGAUAUGGACGAUUUAGCUACACUGGAGGGCCAGAACUGGCUGAAUGACCAGAUAAUUAACAUGUAUGGUGAACUCAUCAUGGAUGCAGUCCCUGAAAAGGUUCAUUUCUUCAACAGCUUUUUUCAUAGACAGCUUGUAACCAAAGGAUAUAACGGGGUGAAGCGGUGGACUAAAAAGGUGGACUUGUUCAGAAAGACUCUCUUGUUGAUUCCUAUUCACCUGGAAGUCCACUGGUCCCUCAUUACUGUGAACAUCCCCAACCGAAUCAUUUCGUUUUAUGAUUCCCAAGGCAUUCAUUUUAAGUUUUGUGUAGAGAACAUUCGAAAGUAUUUGCUGACUGAAGCAAAAGAGAAGAAUCGCCCCGAGUUCCUUCAGGGUUGGCAAACUGCUGUGACAAAGUGCAUUCCACAACAGAAAAAUGACAGUGACUGUGGGGUUUUUGUGCUCCAGUACUGCAAGUGCCUCGCCUUAGACCAGCCUUUUCAGUUCUCCCAGGAAGAUAUGCCCCGAGUGAGAAAAAGGAUUUACAAGGAGCUGUGUGAACGCCAGCUAAUAGACUAAUAAAAUGCAGCCAACCUAAUUUCUCUGGCAUUUCUGACAAGUUGCAGCUGGUGUUUGUUUACUUGAAUUUCUGAAAACUUCCCGUGAAUUUUGAGCAAUUCUCAGCUGAGUGGUGUGGCCACUGUUGUUACCUCAAUUUUCUGACAAGCUCUGUAACUGGCAGAAUAUAACAGAGUUGCCGUAAAAUAUUCCUAAUGUCAGUUUGGUUCUCUUUUGUUCUUUCCUGUAUUUAAUAUUUAUUAUCUCAGCAUGCGUAUAGGCAAAGCAUGCAACUAAAAUCAUAAAGCUGUAGAUUUGGUGCACCUUUGAGAUGUAGCUAGAAAUGACAAAUACAGGUGAAUUUGUCUGGAAACAAAAAGAUGCAUGAUAUGUUUUCUAAUGCAAUAAUGCUUUGAAUGUAUCAAAAAAACCCCCCACACAACUCAAUGCCAUAAAGAGAACAGCUAGAACCUGUUUGAUUAUUCUGUUGUCCUUGGUGUGGCUGAAUAGUACAGAAUUGCCACUUGUUAGGGUGGCUAAAUUCACCCACAGAGUUCAUUUGCGGAGCCCCCUUUUUCAAAUAGCUGAAGUUGCUAAUCGAGUUUGUUCUGCUAACACUUACCUGGCUGUCAUUGGUCAGCCUGUCCCUUAGAUAAAAAGCAGCCUUUGCACAGAAAGGAGGUUUCACCAUUUGUCUGUGUAAUAAAAAGCUCGAAGAUGUGCAGUCAGUCAGAUUGAUGGCGCGUUCCUCCGCUCUGCAGAAGUCUCCAUGGUGUGCGUAUUAAGGAGGAGAAUUGUAAACCUGGCUCUGAAGAGUCACGGUUCAGAUCCUAAGAUAAAAUCCUUGGCUGUAACUGUUUAAAUCUCAGAUGGCUUUGAGUCGUUUUUCCACAAUAUGAAAUGAAAUGAAAUGUACCAUUUCUGCAUCUCUCCCUUCAGCUCUGUCUUUAAAUGAAUUCCCUUCUAGCUUGUUGUCUUUAACCUCCCAUUGGCUUUUGCCUUCAUUCAAAUAUAAAUUAACUUGUUUCUGCUGCA